AUGGUUGAUCAAGACAACAGUCACUAUGACUUUCUCGAAGACGCCGAGGAAGAUCAAUCCAUAAUCUCGACCCGAGGCCUAGAGGCUUUCGGGCGAAAAGUCACGACAACCGCUUCCCAUUUAAUAGCGCCGAAUCCCGAUGCCACUUCUCGCCACUACCAGACUGCCAUGGCCCAUGUCCACAGGCAGCUGACCCGGCCUUCUGUUCAGCGCAGUGUUUUCGCCUUGGCGAGAAGAACACCGUCCGAGAUUGUGCGCUCCAGGCUGUCCACGGCAGAGAUCCAGCACCGCGCAGUCAGCUUCUUACCCGACGACCUUCUUUCCAACAUUCCCGAAGAUGACAAUUCGUUUUCGCUGUUUCAGGGUUUUCAAGCCAGCUUUCCCGAGAUGACAGACGAGGGCAAGAAGCACCGCCGCCGUGUUUCAAGAGGAAGGAAGCUGCUGGAGGAAAGGGGACCAGCCGGAUCCCCUGGACAAGCCUCGAGCGUAUCUCAUAUCAGGAAGGAAAAGGCAGCCAUGAUGCACGAGUUUGAGCUGCUUAGUAUACGGAAGGGCAUGGCUAGCAGCGAAAUUCGAGAGAUUGACAACAAAAUCGCCAACUUGCAGGGCAUGCGCAAGAUCAUCCUAGAGAGGCUAGCGGGUCUGGAACAAGAAGAGGCAUUACUGGAGCAUGACAUCAUCGACGUUGAAGGACGCUUAGAUGUCGCCCAGGCGCUCGCAGACGAAGCCGAAGCCGUGGCUCGAAACACUCCAACCCAGGACGAGGUUGACCUUGUCGGGGACGCAGACGAUCAUGACGCCGAAUUCAUGUCCCAAUCCGUGUACGACAAGAUUCCCGCUUCUGCAAGCUCUACUCCCACAAAACGACCCAAAAAGCAUCGCCGCAAAUCGAUGCCGAUUCUUCAUGAGCACUUUGCAGCUGGCUCCAACAUACGGAAAAUCAGGGCACACAAGGACACAGUAACGGCUCUAGAUUUCGACGCGCCGUUUGGCACAAUGGUAUCCGCUGCACUCGACGACACGGUCAAGGUAUGGGAUCUAAACGCAGGACGAUGCAUUGGGACUCUAGAAGGCCACACUGCGUCUGUGAGGGCGUUGCAAGUAGAGGACAAUAUUCUCGCAACGGGUGCUGCUGACGCGACCAUCCGCCUGUGGGAUCUGAGUCGCUCGAGCUACGAUCCUCACGGAAACAACGUGGGAAAGGACGACGAUGAAGACGCCAUUGCUUUUGAGAACCCGGACGACCAACCCAUCGACCCUCCAGAAGGUAGCAUGGACGACUGUCAGUUAUUUACUCUGGAGGCGCAUGUGGAUGAAGUCACAGCUCUUCAUUUCAGAGGAGAUGUACUUGUGUCUGGCUCCGCAGACAAGACGAUCCGUCACUGGGAUCUGGAAAAGGGUCGCUGCGUCCAGACGCUAGACGUCAUGUGGGCUGCAGCACAAGCUUCGGCCAGCUCUGGCUUUGCCGAAGGGGUAUGGAAGCCGACUGGCCGCUCGACCUCAAGGUCCGCGGACUUUGUAGGAGCCUUGCAAGUAUUUGAAUCGGCACUGGCGUGCGGAACUGCGGAUGGCAUGGUGCGAUUGUGGGAUCUGCGAAGCGGCCAGGUUCACCGCAGCUUGGUAGGUCACACGGGCGCAGUGACAUGCCUGCAGUUUGACGAUGUCCAUCUGGUGACUGGUAGCUUGGACCGGAGUGUCAGGAUAUGGGACCUGCGCACGGGCGCCAUCUUUGAUGCUUUUGCCUACGACAACCCCAUAACCAGCAUGAUGUUCGAUUCGAGGCGGAUUGUCUGCGCAGCCGGGGAGGACGUGGUCAAAGUGUACGAUAAAGUGGAGGGGCGGCAAUGGGACUGCGGCGCGGGCGUCACAGAGGCGGACGAGGCCAAGAGCCCAGCCGAGGUGGAGCAUGUACGCAUAAGGGACGGAUACUUGGUGGAGGGCAGACGGGAUGGCAUUGUCGGCGUGUGGACAUGUUGA